AUGAAAUCACAUGAACUCUCUCACCAGUUCGCAAUCCAAUAUUUAUCGAGUUUACCAGAAGAGGAAAACGGAGCAGCUUCGCCAAUCGGUUUAUUUGUAUGUCUUUCUUUGGCCAAAUUGGGAGCAGAAGGCGAUACUUUGAGCGAGUUCAUAGAACUAAUUGGCGAUGACGCAGAGAACACAGAAGCGUUAGUGAAACAACUUGCCUAUUGGAAUGAUGAAAAAUUUGAGCUGAAGUUUGCAAAUGGAGUUUUUGUCAGAAAUGGAAUUACACUGAACAAAAGUUUCGAGAAAAAAUUGAAGAACAGUUUUUCAGCGCUGAGUCGAAAUGUUGAUUUUGGAACCGAGGCUGGUGGAAAGGUCAUAAAUGAUUGGAUAAAAAAACAAACGAACGGUUUGCUUGGCGAUGUAAUAGGAGAUACGAGCAAUGUACUUGCUAUUCUCGUAAACGCGCUCUAUAUGAAAGGUAAAUGGGUGAAAAAGUUUUCACUUAGUCAAAUGUCACCUGAUUUCAGAACAUCUACUGGCGAUAUUGUUAAGCCCCAGAUGAUGGAAAAAGAAUGUCUUUUCGACUAUUACACAGAUCCUGAAAACAAAUUCCGUGUUGCGUUUUUUGAAUACGAAAUUGCCAAAAACCCAGCCGGUAAAUGGGAAAUGGGAGUUCUUCUUCCAGAUCCUAACUUGUUGCUAGGUUCUAACUCCAAAAUUGCUGACUUUUUGAAUUUCAUUUCUCCAGAGAACUUGAAAAAGUUCAAGGAGUACAACUUUUAUGGGAUGGAUUCAAGACUUCCGACCAAACUGGAUGUUUUGCUGCCAAAAGUAAAAAUAGUGACUGACAUAAAUCUGAUUCCAUUACUGCAGAAGAUGGGACUUUCCAGCGCUUUUUCGGCAGACAAAGCCGACUUCUCUGGAAUGACCUCUGAUACUUCAUUUUACUUCAAUACUGCCAAGCAGAUGUGCUACGUCGACAUAGACGAAGAGGGGACGGAAGCAGCAGCUGUCACCAUGAUGACCAUGUGCUGCAGUGGGUCCACCCCAAGUCUACCCAUCCCCUUCUACGUCACGUCUCCCUUCAUCUACUUCAUAUUUCAGCCGGCCACUGGGAUCAUACUGUUCGUCGGAGUUGUGAACAAUCCCUGCAAGUGA